AUGGCCGUGCAAAAAGCCAUUGUCAUCCAAGCUCCUGGAGUGGCUACUGUUGUCAACGAUCGCCCUAUUCCUACGCUCUCAGACGACUCUAUCCUAGUCAAGAAUGUGUCUGUGGGCCUGAACCCCACGGACUGGAAGCACAUUGAUGGCUACAAUGCUGUUGGGACUACUGUGGGCUGUGACUUCGCAGGGGUCAUAGAAGCCGUCGGCAAAGACGUGAAAAAGUCAUGGAAAAAAGGCGAUCGCGUCUGCGGAAUGGGACACGGCUCUAAUGCGCUUAAUCCCGAGACCGGCGUUUUCGCUGAGUACAUCGUUGUAAAAGGUGAUCUUCAACUACGGAUCCCGGAUAGUCUAAGCUUCCAGGACGCUGCGUCGCUUGGGGUUGGUAUCAAUACAGUUGGUCAGAUUGCAUCCAACCUGAAGCUUUCCUCGCCUGCAGAUCCUGUUAAAGGCACUCCUCAUAUCCUCGUCUACGGAGGAUCAACAGCGACCGGCACCUUAGCAAUCCAGUACGCGAAGCUAUCUGGAUACAAUGUUAUUGCUACAUGCUCUCCACACAGCUUCGAUCUUGUUCUUGGUCUUGGAGCAGACAUUGUGUAUGAUUACAAAGACCCCAAAUCUGCCGCAGAAGUUCACAAGUAUAGCGAUGACAAGUUAAAGCUUGCUGUCGACUGCAUUGGAUCGCAAGCCUCUGGCAAAUUUUGUGAAGAGGUCAUCUCUACUUCUGGAGGAGAUUACUGCACCUUGGUCCGUGUCAAACUUGAGCGUCCAGAUAUUAAUUAUCAUUGGGUUCUGGCUUAUACCUGUUUCGGUGAGCCCGUGAAAAUGGGUGAAAUUGCUAUCCCGGCUCUUCCAGAGCACAAGGCCAACGCAGAGAAGUUCGCUGUUCUUGCCGAGGGGCUGUUGGCGGAAGAAAAGCUCAAGACUCAUCCUUCUAGAGUUGGAAAAGGUGGACUGAACGGUGUUCUGGAUGGAUUGGAUCUCAUGAGAAAUGGGAAAGUGAGCGGUGAAAAGCUGGUAUACAACGUUGAGGAAACUUCUUAA